CACGACUGAUGAAUUUGUGUCAUCUGUGUUUCAUGACGGCUGUGACGUGACGUGCACGUCAGUUUUGGUUUGGAAUAUUUUUGGCUGAUUAUUGACACGACCGACUAAUUGAGAGGGAAUAUUGAUUAUAAUGAUAAAGCCCAACUAUAUCAAGGAUUAUUCUUCAGGAUUUCGCAUAUAGCGCGGUAAACUCAUCACGUUUUAUGCUACAUACUUAGCCUACGGAGUAUACAUAACUUCAUCAUGGAACCUAAACCAGUUGGCGAGGCUGAUUUGAAAGAAUUGAAGGAGCGCAUGAAUCUUAUUGUUAGCGCAGAUCCAUUGCAGUACCACAAUGAGUUUUCAUUAAAAAGAUACCUACGCGCCUUUAAAACUGUUGAUGCUGCUUUUCAGGCAAUUCUGAAAACGAAUUCUUGGCGUGUCGAAUAUGGUGUGGCUGCCUUGACUCCUGACUCGCCAGUGGUUAAGAAUAACCUGAACAAAGCAAAGGUUCUUCGACAUCGCGAUAUGCAUGGUCGACCAGUAAUAUACAUACCUGCUAAAAAUCAUAAUCCAAACGAGCGAGACAUUGAUGAAUUGACCAAGUUCAUUGUAUACUGUUUGGAGGAUGCCUGCAAAAAGUGUUUCGAGGAAGUAAUCGAUAAUUUAUGCAUUGUGUUUGACCUCAAGGACUUUGGAAUCAACUGUAUGGAUAAUCAACUUAUAAAGAACUUAAUCUGGCUACUUUCGCGCCAUUAUCCAGAGCGCCUUGGUGUCUGCUUGAUCCUGAAUGCUCCGACACUGUUCUCCACAUGUUGGGCUGUAAUAAGAGGGUGGUUGGACGAAAACACGUCGAGCAAAGUUUUUUUUGUCAAUUCGGACAUAGAGCUGUGUUCGUAUUUGAUCCCUGACAUUUUACCAACCGACAUGUAAUACAUAGGCACAGCUCAAUUAUGAUCAAAAAUAAAAAUAUAUCAAACGAACGAAAAGAACAACUGAUCUGCUAAACAAGUUCUGCAAGAUACAGCAGAUCGUCUAGAUGGUUCAAGAGUAUGUAUUCCAAAUGUAUCAUAGUGUUCAAACGUGAUUAUCAUUGUUCAGAAUUUCAACGUGAUUUCAAAAAUGAGUGGAAACCGAUUACAUGACAAUCGGCACCUGAGAUAAAAGCUUUCUCACUUCAAAGUAUAUCAUAUAAAUAACAGAGUUUCGAGUAGUAUUUUUUAAUAUGUAGAAAGUCGAGAAUACGUUUCCCGAGGAAAUGAUUCUUUAAUUUA